CCGCCACAGUGCAGCGACGCUCAGCAGCAUCCGCGUCGUCGUCGACCAGCAACAGCAACAGCUACAGCAACAAUAGCAACUCGAUUGCUGCUGGAUCGAGUCGCUCGGCGUCCUUCAUUGCGACAAUGUCACAGAGCAGUGCAGUGAGCUCCGUCCUGUCCACUGAGCUCGCUGGGACGACGGGGAAUGCGUUCUUGGGGGGAAGCGGCCUCGACGCGUACGCUCCGUCCCUCGUCUAUCUGGGCGCAGGUGCUGAAGGCGAUCUCCAACAGCAACAACAACAACAACAGCAACAAGAACAACAACAACAACAGACCGCCGGUGCCAGGGCUGCAGGGGCAACCGGAGCAGUGGAGGAGCAGCUGCAGGACGACGACCAGCAGUUCCACCCGAGCGCACUCCAUGCGUGGCAGGCUGCGACGACCAAGUUUGCGCAAGCUGCUGAUCACCAUCAGCGCGGAAAGCAUCACGGCAAUCACAGCAGCAGUAGUGAUGGCUCGAGUGGCAGUAGCAAUGGCAAUGGCUAUGACCGCUUUACGAGCGAGAGCACGGCGCUGACAGUCGUUCCAAGCGACCCUUCGUCUUUGUCUGCCGUCCCCACUCACCCAGCAGCGCUGGGACGCCGCCAGCACUCGCAUUAUUACGCGCCAGGACCGUUGCAAGUGCUCGACCGGUUUGGCCGGCUGGGCGAUCCGGGACAUAUGGUGCUGCUCGUGCUGCUCUACGUGCUCCAAGGAGUGCCGCUCGGGCUGGUCGGCGCGUCCAUCCCGUUCCUGCUCCAGCAGCGCGCGUCGUACACGGAUCUCGCCGUGUUCAGUCUCGCGGGUUAUCCGUACAGUCUCAAGCUGCUCUGGUCGCCCAUCGUCGACUCGGUCUACUGGGCGCCCCUCGGACGCCGGAAAACGUGGAUUCUGCCCACGCAAACACUGCUUGCCGUGCUGUUUGUGUACCUGGGCUCGACCAUCGAGGCCACGCUAGCACAGCCAGACCUCUCGUUCGGCUGGCUCUCCGUGACCUUCUUUGUGGUGAUUAUGUGCGCUGCCACGCAAGACAUUGCCGUCGACGGUCUCGCCAUCGAAGUCUUGUCCCCCGCGAAACGAGCGUACAGCUCGACCUGCCAGUCCAUCGGCCUCACAGCUGGCUACUUUAUCUCGUUCACCGUGUUCCUGGCAUUCAACUCUGUCGACUUUUGCAACAGCUACUUUCGGUCCCAGCCGCAGGAUUGGCCAAUCAUUCAGCUCGGCCCGUUCAUGAUGUUUUGGGGUGUCAUGUACGCCACCGUGACUGGGUAUCUGGUGCUCGUCUAUCAGGAGCCGCCUAUGCCUGCUUCCACCCACGAGCAAAUGUCGAUUAGCUUUGUCUACAUGCAACUCCUGAGCAUUGUUCGAUCGAAGCAAAUGCGGGUGCUCAUCUCCGUGCUCCUUGUGCAAAAAAUCGGCUUUCUCGCCAGCGAUGUCGUGUCAAUGCUCAAGUUGGUCGAAAAGGGGUUUGACAAGACGGAUCUUGGCCUCGUGGCGUUGAUUGACUUUCCGUGUCAGCUAAUUCUUGGCAUUUACGUUGCACGGUGGACAUCAGGCAGCCAGCCCUUGAAGCCGUGGCUUUCUGCUUUAUACGGCCGUCUCUUCCUGUCUCUGGCCGGAGUCAUGAUUGUCUGGUCGUAUCCCUCUGGACCCGCGAGCGGCGGCUUUUUCACGCUUAUCGCAGUUGCCACCAUGCUGCUUUCCAUCACUUCCACCGCCAUGUUUGUGGCUCAGGGAGCAUUCUUUGCACGAAUUUCAGACGCCUCUAUCGGUGGCACGUACAUGACGCUACUCAACACAGUGUCCAACUUUGGUGGAACGUGGCCAAAGUUUUUCAUUCUGCGCUCGGUCGACAUGCUGACAGUCUCGCAUUGCGAAGUGCCAGACAGUCUCAAGGGCGCGGUCGACUUUGUGCCUUCCAGCUGCGUGAGCCACGACGACAAGCAGGCUUGCCACAACAUUGGAGGCUCCUGCGUCAUUGAUUCGGACGGAUUCUACUUUGUUGCCUGGAUUUGCUUUGUACUGGGAGCAGUAGUCCUGUUUGGCUUUGUUCGCCGAGUUGCGCCGUACCUCGAGUCUGCGGAUUGGCGGCCUUCCUCUGCCGCCACCACGAGUCUUCCCUCCUUCAACGCAUCUCACAAGGAUGAAUCCACGGCGGACCGCAAGUUGUGAAUGGUGCAAUGCUGUAUCUCCUGUAUUUAUUUCAGUCCUUGAACAAGAGUAAAAAUCCUUUUUGUUGGCAGUCUUCAAAAGCUGGCCUUUCC